AUGACUAUUAUUGAUGACAUAUUUUUCACAGUGGAGUCAACGGCAAGUUUAAGAAUUGUCGCAGCCAUUCUGCUUACCGUGACAAGUAUAACGGGAACAAUUUUCAAUAUUAUUGUGCUAUUCGCAAUAAUAUUCCGAGUCAACAAAAAAGAUGGAUUUUUAAAGAUUUGUUGCUUGAAAAGUUUUGGUAAUAGUAUUGUAUGCAUUGGAUAUCUUAUUUGGCCCGUACCAGUUACGUUUCUAAAUGAUUAUUUCUUGCCUCACAUGUUCAAUGCUUUUAUGGGUCAAUUAGUUGGAUGGUUUGCCUGGUGUAUUGGGCCAUUCUCGCAAGUAUUACUGACUAGUAAUCGGAUAUUUGCAGUAUUUUUUCCUCACGUUUACAGUAGAAACUAUCGUUAUGCACCAAGCAGUUUUGGCAUACUAAUUUGCCUUACAUUGGCAUUUAUUGUAUUUAUUGCAUUUUUUCCUGAGGGCUGUCAUUUUUUGUAUAACCUUCAAUAUAUUGGAUGGCUUCCUGAGGAAAGUAUGUGCACAUCGGUUAGACGAGUCAUUUUUCUUGUUUCAAUGUUUAUUAUUGUGAUUUUCACGACUUUCUGUGGCAUUUUGCUAUUCUUGAAAUUAAUCGCAGACUCGUUCCAGCAAAGUCUAGCGAUGACUGAUUCUCAAUCAUCAACUCGUCGUCUCCAGCAUCAAAAAAAUCUACUGCAAACUUUAGUACAAAAUGGUCUAAUAUUAGUUGACACUUUGAAUACAACAGUCACUUAUCAAGUAUUUUCACUUUUGUUUUUUCAAUUUAUCACUUUAGCAUUUUCAAUGGUUUUUAUUCGGACCGUUGAAGGGUUUAUAAUGAUUGCAAUGAAUGAACGAAUCAAUAAAGGAGCAAAAUUACUGAUUGGCAUGAAAAGUGCGGAGAGUAGUCAAUCUCGUAUUGGGCAUACUAUGAUGGUUUGGAAUGCAUCAACAACAUCAGCAUACCAAAAAUAA